UCAAGCUGGCGAGCGAGAAAGUCCCUCUUUGAACCCAUGAAGUCGUCUCCCUCGUCAGCUGGUCUCGACGCUCCAAUGAAGAAGCAGAGCGCGUACCGGUGGCGAAGCAUUGAACUUUCGUCCCUUCUUCUCAUUCGCCACUUGCGCCUUCUCUCUCUCUCUCUCUCUCUCUCUCUCUCUCUCAUUCUUACGCCUUCGCCUGCGGGGAAAAGUUUCGAGCUUUUCCGCGGUCUCUUGCUCGAUCCCGGAUUGUCCUCAUGGAAAUCGAAGAAAUCGGGGGACUCGUUCCAUCUUCUUCCGCUUCGGUUCUUAGGUGGAAGUACGACGUGUUCGUGAGCUUCAGGGGCGGGGACAUAGGGAAGAAUUUCGCGGCCCACCUCUUCCGCGCGCUGAAGCAGGUGACGAUCCACUACUUCGAGGUCAAUGAAAAAGAGGAGACGGGGAUUCUCAUUGAGGGCAAGCUGCUCGACGCGAUUCGCCAUUCGAGGGUUUCUCUCGUCGUGUUCACUGCCAACUACGCCGACUCGCGGUGGUGCUUGAACGAGCUGGUGGAGAUCCUGGAGUGCAACAGGAGGUUCAGAGAUCAUCGGGGUCAUGUGGUUCUGCCCAUUUUCUACGAUGUCGAGCCAUGCGACAUUCGGAAACAGAGCGGGCAAUUCGGGGAUGGUUUUGAAAGGCGUUUGGCCACCCACAAGGACGAUUUGCUGAUGCAGAAGUGGAGGGAUUCGCUUAAAGAAGCUGGGAAUUUGUCAGGAUGGCAUUUGAAUAGUGAUGCUAAUGGAAAUCAAGCGUCUUUCAUCGAGCAAAUUGUAGGACAUCUCUUAAAGAUUAUUCCCAGAACAAGCUCCCCCGAUGCAGGUGAUCUGCCAGUGUUUCUUAAGAGAUUUGGUUCCUUUCUUUCUAGUAGGAAAAAUCAGUGGCAUGAGAUAUUGGAGAAGUUGGUAAGGGAUCCCCAUCUUGAUUCAAUUGGAUUACCUUUAGAUCCAUUCUUCGCUCUUCGUCAGUCUGUAGGGCCCUUCGGAGGCCAUGGUGCAGAUUCUUAUCGAUGGGAACACGCCGUAUUCGUGAGUUUCAGUGGCUCCGACGGGAGGAAUACCUUCAUAUCGCACCUCUUCGAACGGCUGAAACGGAAGAAGAUUCGCUACUUCUACGACAAGGACCAAAGAUACGCUGGGAUGAAUAUUGAGGACAAGAUCUUCGGAGCAAUCCACCGUGCAAGGAUCGCCAUCGCUGUGUUCUCCGCAAACUUUGCCCACUCCAAGUGGUGCAUGAACGAGCUGGUCGAGAUCCUCAACUGCAGAAGGGACCACCACCUCGUAUUUAUUCCCAUCUUUUACAUUCGCUUGGCUGAGGUUAAGACGUUGAGGGAAAGCAAAUUCGAGCAAGCCCUCGAGAAAUUCGAUGGGAAAGAGAGAGAUAAUAAGCAGAGAGACUGGAAGGCCGCCAUAGCAGAGGCUACAGAAAUUCAUGGUUUCGAAUUGGAGAAUGACGCCCAUGGCAAUGAAGCGGCACUCAUUGAUCUAAUAGUCGAACGCAUUGAGGUUCGGCCUCUCGACUCUCUGGAAAACGCAAUUCCUCGUCCACAUCAUGUUAAGGUUUGUAGGCCUUCUGGAGGCGAAGGCGAGAAAUCCUGGGAUUUUGCUGGUAUAAAAAGGAUUGAUGUUCACCACGCAGACUACACCGAGUCCAUCACUUUUGAAGACGACGAAGCCACCAGCUCUGAACCGCAUAUGGCGGGAGAGUACUUUCAAGGUUAAAAUGAGAAAUGGAGAAUACAUAACUUCUUUUGCUGGAUAUCUCAAAAAUGCAAAUGAUAGUGGCGCUCUAAUCAACUUGCUCACAUUUUGAACCAAUAGAAGAAUAUCGGGACCCAUUGGUAGAGAGGAAGGGGCAUAUUCUCCUUCACAUCGAAAGCUGGGAAACUCAUCAGCUUUUUUAGGACAAGUGAUGAUUUUCUUGAAUUUACUGGAGCACAAGUUGAGCUAUCCUCUAACAAGCUCUACCCUUUAAGUGUGUGGGGUUAUUUGGAACUUUGAAUUCAUCAUGUUGGGACAAUGGCAAUAAAACAUGCCAAUGUAAGAAAAAUCGCUGUUGAAUUUGAACCAAGUAAAGCGCAACGCAUCCGAUCGAUCUUGUUUCCGUAUGAAGAGGAGAGUAAAGAAUUGUGACAACCAAAGACACACGGUAGCAUUGAUGGAAAAAACUUCCAUGGAGUAUAGAAGGUCGAGAACCAUACAGUAUGUCCCCAUAAAUACAUAUGCUUUGUAAAA